AUGAACGUAGGUAACACUGCAAUUUUGGCUCAUGAGCUCGCCCGCUCUGGCAUCGACGUUGCUGCACUUAGCAAAAAGUUUGAGGAAAAAGGUGCCGGUUACACCUUUUUCUGCCAGGGUCGACCAACAGGAGAAAUGCGAACGGGUGGAGUUGGUUUUGCUAUUCGCAGUUCCUUCCUAAAGGCUGUUAACAAGGCUCCUUUUGGUAUUUCACUUCGGCUGAUGAGGAUGCAACUUAGCCUAGAAAAAAGCCAUACUGUCACUUUGAUCAGCUGCUCUGAGCCCACGCUUGGGGCAACAAAAGAAGAAAAAGAUUUGUCCUAUGUCCUUUUUUUAUUAUUAUUCUUUAAAAUCAGGAUCUGA